AUGCCACAAGAGCCACAGGAGCAACAGGAGCCACAGGAAAUAAAGGAGCUAGAGGAGCCAGAGGAGCUAAAGGAGCCACGGGGGCCUCAGGAGCUACAGGAGGUAAGGGAGCUACAGGAACCACAGGAGUUAAAGGAGCCACAGGAGCCAAAGGAGUUCCAGGAGCCACAGGAGCUCCAGGAGCCACAGGAAACAAAGGAGCUACAGGAGCCUGGGGAGCCACAGGAGCCACAGAAGACAAAGGAGCUACAGCAGCCACAGGAGCCACAGGAAAUACAGGAGCUAGAGGAGCAACAGGAGCUAGAGGAGCAACAGUAG